AUGUCACAAGUCAGUCGAGGGAAGGAGUUGGCCAAAGCCAUUCUAUUGUGGGCAGCAUGUGCGGUUCGGCCAAUGACGAUCGGUGAGCUAGAUGGUGCUUUGACUUUGGAUAUCCACGACUCGUUCCCGGACUUGGGGGAGAGCAUUGCAACGCUCUGCGGUCAGUUGGUGGUCGUUGAUAAGCAAGGGCGAGUUAACAUGGUGCAUGAAACAGCCAGAGAAUUCCUCGUAUCCGGUGGGUCAAGAUCGGAGUUCUCAAUUGACGAAACUCAAGCACACACUCGAAUGGCUGAGGUGUGUCUGAGUUACCUCGUGGGAGAUGAAAUGAAGCCCCCAAGGAACAGGCGUCGCCGAUCUGCGGCGAACUUGCCAACAAGACAGGACUUUGCUAUCUAUGCAUACACAGCAUACUCAUAUCACCUGUCGAAGGCUGAUUCGUUGGCUGCAGGGACAUUCCAGCUUGUCACUCAAUUCCUGAAAUCCAAUGUGCUCACUUGGAUCGAAACGAUGGCCGGCUCCCAAAAUCUCACGCCACUCAUUCGUGCUUCUAAACAUCUCAAAUCCUACAUUAGUCGGUGUGCUGUUGAACGCUCACCACUAGACCCUCAGAUGAGGGCACUGCAGCAAUGGAGCAUGGAUUUUGCUCGAAUUCCUGCCAUGUUCGCUAAUGCUCUCGCGGUUUCACCCUCAGCGAUAUACUCACUAAUAUCCCCAUUCUGUCCUUCUGAGUCCAUGAUAUACGGAUUAGGGAGCUCAAAUCAGAAACUCGCAGUCCCUGGUGCGUCCAAUGAGCAAUGGGAUGACAGAAUAUUAUGCGUCGAUUUCCGUACGGGUCAACUAAAGGCUUUACGCUAUGGAAACGGCUUUCUAGCUAUCGCAUUUGGCUCAGGGACAGAUAUCAGAACUGGGCAAGUGGUCCACACCCUCGUCAACCCGCCGCGUCCGCUGGGUAUGGAAUUUGACGGAGAUACGCUCUUCAUUGCAAGUCGCAAAAACUUCAUAGACAGUUGGAAGUUGAGUCAUAAUGUCCAACCCGAGUUGGUGCGCAGACCAUGGGGUGAUGCCAAUACACCAGAGACGAACAGGAUACCUCUAAGCGGGGUUCCGUGCGCUCUUACUCUCUCCACCAGCCAUGGCAUGCUUGCUGUCGCCUAUAAUGGUCAGCCUAUUAUCCUAUGGGAUAUCUGCGGAAAGAAGCUCUCCAGUGGGGAGACAUCCACGUAUGUCAUCGUAGCGCUUGCGUUCAACCCCAAUUCCGACAUGGGCCUUCUUGCAGUCGCAUAUCUCGACGGUGAUCUCGCCCUGCUUGACCCUUAUACCGACCGGCAGCUGGAGUGUUUUCGGGCCAACUGCCAAACCCUCGCCCCAAGCCCCAUUGGACGUUUUCUUGCAGCAGGUUGUGCCAAUGGAAUCACCCAUAUUUACGAAUUUGAUACUUUUAAACUCCUCUAUAUGGUCAAGUCAAGUAACUCAUAUAUCAAGCAGCUUGCUUUCUCCAAGGACACACUGUUACGGGAGUCUCGAAGCGAUGACAGUAGUGGCCUAACUUCUGCAACAUUGUUUGAGACGGUUUCCCUGGAGGCGAAAGCCAAGAUUACUUCUAUGGCGGUCCAUCACAAGUCUACAGUCAUCCUUUGUGGCAAGGAUGAUGGGUCGGUCGAGCUAUAUGAGCGAAAGAAUGCAGCAAGUUUGGGGAUCCUCUACAAGCACAAAUCUGCAGUUCGUUUGUUGGUUUGGAUUGAAAAAAAAGAUGCUCUCCUCAGUGUCGAUGCUUCUAACCGGAUCUUUUUAUACAUGAUCCAGAAGUCAGCGGACAAAGGGUGGCUCAAUGAGCCAGCAGAACUCUUCGAGACCCGCCUCGACUCUGAGAAGGCCAUCACAGAUGUCUCAGUGGGAGAGGCCGCAGCCAAAUUCCUGGUGUCAACUCGCGAGUCUGACCAUCUAUUCGACUUGAAAGACGGCAAGAGUGAGAUGGAGCGAACACACCCACAAAUACCAGGCACCCGGAAAUGGCUCCCCCAUCCGAAAUCCGCCCAACAUCUGAUCUGCGUGGACAAUGUCAAAAUAUGCGCCCACAGCUGGUGCGACUUGACUGAAGUCUCUUCAGUGAAAUUUCAAUUGGACGACCAGACAGGAGAACUUACGAAUGCGACCCUGUAUUCACUUAGUCAAGAACACAGAAUCAUGCUCCAUUUGGUGCAUCCAAGAAGUUCCACAAAAACCAACAGAAUUGCUGUCAUCAACCUGGACCAUCUUCCUGUCCAAGGCAGCGACCUUAGCCUCUCACAAAGGAAGCAAACAUAUGAUUUGGCGACAAUUGCUCAAUCUACCACUGAUGGAGACAAGGGAGAUAUGUUCAAGCCGUCAGACCUGCCCGCCGCACUUAAUUGGCGUGUGACUCAAUUUGAACUCGAUAUUGCUCAUUUCAUAGGAGUUGAUGACUCAAGCAAACUCAUAUUCCUGAACCAGUCUUGUUGGGUAUGCUCCGUUGAUCUAAGCGCCAGCGGAUUUGAUAUUACCCAGCGUGAAGGCGACUCUUUAAUAGAGGUUUCUGAGCACAUUUUUAUUCCGCACGACUGGUUUGCUGGAAAAAAAGACAUUGUUUGUGUCUUGGCGAAGGGAGAUGUCGCACUCACCCGAGGCGGCGACCUGGCAGUAAUCCGGGGUGGUAUUGAGUAUAACGAGGCCGCGUUUCGUACGGUGGUCUGGACUGCGACGUGA